UCUCAUUCACAAGAAUCCAAUCUAUAAAUUGACAAACCUGCUAAUCUCACCCUUCAUACUCACUCAAUCAAUCUUGAUUGAUUUUUAGAGAGAGAGAGAGAGAGAGAGGAAAUGGGUAAGGGUGGUAAGUCUCAUGGAAAUAGUGGGGAGGAAGAAGAGAACAUGGCAGCUUGGCUUCUGGGUGUUAACAAUCUCAAGAUUCAGCCUUUCAAGCUUCCUCCUCUAGGCCCCCUUGAUGCUAGAAUUAGGAUGAAAGCUGUGGGUAUAUGUGGAAGUGACGUUCACUUCCUCAAGACGAUGAGAUUAGCAGAUUUUGUUGUUAAAGAACCAAUGGUGAUUGGGCAUGAAUGUGCCGGGAUCAUCGAGGAAGUUGGUACUGAAGUAAAGCACCUUGUGCCGGGCGAUCGUGUGGCAAUCGAGCCAGGAAUCAACUGUUGGAGAUGUAGUCGUUGCAAAGAAGGUCGAUACAAUUUGUGUGCUGACAUGAAGUUUUUCGCUACUCCACCUGUCCAUGGUUCGCUUGCAAAUCAGAUUGUGCAUCCUGCAGACUUGUGUUUUAAACUCCCAGACAAUAUGAGUUUUGAGGAGGGCGCUAUGUGUGAGCCUUUGAGUGUUGGUGUUCAUGCAUGUCGUCGUGCGAAUAUCGGUCCCGAGACAAAUGUGUUGGUGAUGGGAGCAGGGCCUAUUGGGCUUGUAACACUACUUGUGGCCCGUGCAUUUGGGUCCCCGAGAACUGUGAUUGUGGAUGUAGAUGAUCACCGUCUUUCAGUUGCUAAGGAGUUUGGAGCGGACGAGACUGUCAAAGUUUCUACAGAUAUAAAGGAUUUGGCUUCAGAGAUUGAACAGAUUAAAAAAGCUAUGGGAGCUAGAGUCGACGUGACCUUCGACUGUGCAGGCUUUAAUAAAACCAUGUCAACAGCUCUUGGCACCACUUGUACGGGUGGAAAAGUUUGCCUCGUUGGACUAGGCCAUAGCAUAAUGACUGUCCCCCUUGCCCCAGCUGCAGUAAGAGAGAUUGACGUGAUAGGCAUAUGGCGAUAUAAGAACACGUGGCCUUUAUGCAUUGAGUUUAUAAGGAGCGGUAAGAUAGAUGUAAAGCCGUUUAUCACCCACAGGUAUGGAUUCUCUCAGAAGGAGGUUGAAGAAGCCUUUGAAACCAGUGCACUUGGUGGUAAAGCUAUCAAGGUCAUGUUUAAUCUGUGAAUAAUGCUAUUUAACAACAUUGGUGCUACAAUAUCAGUUUAGGCACUAAGUGAUAGGCUCAAUGAAAGGUAGAAUGAAGUGAUUCUUUUAAUUAUACCUUUCAUUUAAUGUCACAUUAGAACUAAACUGAUAUUCUAACAUCAGUGGUGCUAAAUAGCAUUAUACUUAAUCUAUAGUACUUGUUCUGUGUAAAGAGUGAAAUAAAGGAACAAGAAGAGAGGAUCUCCAUAUGAGAGAGAUGGGGAAAACCUUCCCUUUUUUUUUUUUUUUUUUUUUUUUUUGGAAGUUUGAACAAACUAUAGAUGUUGAAUCUUGAAUUUCUGUUGUGGUUGACUGUUAUUACAAUAAAUCAAGACAUUUUAAGGAUGCUA